AAGGGAAAGGGAAACUGUAAAAGGGGGGAAAACGGGGAAAGGGAAACGGUAAAAGGAAAGGGAAGGAAAAAUAAAAGGGAAGAAGACCGGAGGAAGAGUAGCUAGUAGUUAGUUUCGUGGAAGGAGAGCGAGAAAGAGGACGCUACCGUACACAGUUCGAGAGUCACGAGUGUUGUGUGUUCAGAAAUAGAGAUAGAGAUAGAAAGAAAAAGAAAGAGAGAGAGAGAGAGAGAGAGAGAGAGAGAGAGAAGGAUAUAGAAAGGAAGAAAAAAAGAAAGAAAGAAAGAUAGAUAGAGUUGUGCGCUCCCUCGUGUUACAUCGUCGUGCGUGUCCUGUUUUUACCUACACCCACCCCCUCCACCCUUUUACCAUAAUUCUUCUCCUUUUUUACUUUUUUCUUUUUUUUUUGUUCCUUUUCUCUUUCUACUCAUAAUCUUUUUCAUCAUCAUCAUCAUCGUCGUCAUCAGCAUCAUCAUCAUCAUCAUCAUCAUCAUCAUCAUCAUCAUCAUCAGUAUCAUCAGUAUCAUCCGAUCCUCCGAUCUCUCUAGUUCGUUUCGUUCGUUCCGUUCCGUUCCGUUUCGUUUCGUUUCGUUCGUUCACGCGUGCGGUACGAAUAGAGAAAGAGAAAGAGGGAGAGAGAUAGAAAGAUAGAGAGAAGACAGUCGUCGUCUCUCUAGUCGGCAGUGUGUUUAGUGUCACAGUGCGUUAAUCUACCUCAGUCGGUUAGCCGGCAGCCAACGACGGCGGAAAAGCUCAUUUCCGAAAGCACGCGCUUCGAGAAAGGAUACCUAGCUACCUAUCUGUCGUCAUCGUCGUCGUCGUCGUCGUCGUCGUCGUCGUCGUCGUCGUCGUCGUCAUCAUCAUCAUCGUCGUCGUCGUCGUCGUUGUCGUCGUCGUCUACGCAAAAGGAAUAAGUUCGGUGGAAAAACGAGGGUGAAAAAAAAAAAACUGAACAGAACUGAGUAGAAAGCGGAAACGUGUGAUUUGAACAUGUCUCUGGAUAGAUUUGGAGAAAAUAGUGAUAUCCUACAGAAGGAGAUGGAGCGUUUGGAUAUCGAGGAGAAGAACGGAGAUGGCCAAAGUAGCGGUGCCGGUGCUAAAGUCAUUGUAAGCAACAUCCCAGCGAACGUUAAAUUGGACGAAUUGGAACUGCUUCUAUUGAAUUUCGGACAGGUCCAAAACGUAGAAAAGGUGUCCUCACGCGAUCCUAAUACAUUGUCCUACCUCGUCAGCUAUGAGACGCUAGAACAGGCACAGCAGGCUGUGAAUCAGUUUAAUGGAUAUGAAUACGAGGGUAACUCGUUAAAGGUGGAAAUGUCUUCGGCUGAAAGCCGACGAAGAGGCCGCAGCCAACGCGGCGGCGUUGCAUUUUCCGGUCUUCCGGGAUCCGGCCGACAAACGGACUUCCCUCUUCGUAUUUUAGUACAAUCGGACAUGGUCGGCGCAAUAAUCGGCCGACAGGGUUCAACGAUACGUCAUAUCACUCAGAUGACGCGUGCUAGGGUCGACGUACACCGUAAAGACAAUGUAGGCUCUGUCGAGAAGGCAAUAACGAUUUAUGGUAAUCCAGAAAAUUGUACGAACGCAUGCAAGAAGAUCUUAGAGGUUAUGCAACAGGAGGCAAUGAACACGAACAAGGGAGAGAUUAUUCUAAAGAUUUUGGCACACAAUAAUCUUAUCGGACGUAUCAUCGGUAAAGGUGGUAACACGAUUAAAAGGAUCAUGCAGGAUACUGACACUAAAAUAACAGUUAGUAGUAUUAACGACAUCAACAGUUUUAAUCUGGAGCGCAUUAUCACGGUUAAGGGUACUAUUGAAAAUAUGAGCAAAGCCGAAUCAAUGAUAUCGAGCAAAUUACGUCAGAGUUACGAGAAUGACUUACAGGCCAUGGCGCCUCAAAGCAUGAUGUUCCCUGGUUUACAUCCCAUGGCUAUGAUGUCCACCGCUGGCAUGGGAUAUAGCUCGCGUGGAACAGCCCUUUAUGGCUCUGGUCCCGCCCCAUAUCCCUACCAAGGGAGCUUGCCGACCCAGGGCGUACCCGCUGGUGAUACACAGGAAACUACCUUCCUCUACAUUCCUAAUAGUAGUGUCGGUGCUAUUAUUGGUACUAAGGGUUCUCAUAUAAGAAAUAUCAUAAGGUUUUCCGGUGCCAGCGUUAAAAUUGCACCGCUUGAACAAGACAAACCGGCGGAGCAACAAACUGAAAGGAAAGUCACCAUUGUCGGAUCACCGGAAUCACAAUGGAAGGCCCAGUACUUGAUCUUUGAAAAGAUGCGGGAGGAGGGCUUCGUUGCUGGUACAGAGGAUGUUAGACUGACGAUAGAAAUUUUAGUACCAAGCGCUCAGGUAGGCCGAAUCAUCGGUAAAGGCGGUCAAAACGUUAGGGAGCUUCAACGUGCAACUGGAAGCGUCAUCAAGCUAUCGGAACAACAAGCCACGCCUCCCUCGGCCGACGAGGAAACCACCGUCCAUAUCAUUGGGCCCUUCUUCUCCGUUCAGUCUGCCCAAAGGAGAAUUCGUUCAAUGGUGUUGCAAUCUGGUGCACCCGGUGGAGCGGGAGGUGUAGGCUCACGCGCUGGUCGUGGUAGCAGCCAAGAAGGUGGUUCUCGUUCCCGAAGAGACGGUAGUGCAACAUCUCAACAAGGAACUGUUGUUGCAUCUCAACCGCAAUCACAAUCGUCAUCCCAACAGCAACAAACGACGUCCUCUACCUCGCCGUCAAGUCAACAACAACAGCAGCAACAGCAACAGCAACAACAGCAACCAUCACCGCCACAGCAGCAACAGCAACAACAACAGCCACAACAACAACCGUCAUCUCAGAAUCAGUAACCUCGAUGAAAAAAAAAAAAAAAAAAAAACAAGAACAAAAAGAAAAAAAAUGAAAAAAAAACAAAGAAAAAAACAACAACAACAACAACAAGAAACAAUUUGUUCGAUGUCGCCGCGACCAACAGCAACGCUUCGUAUAAAAAUCCAUUUUUUUUUUCGUCGGGGUGGUGGGGAAUCGUCUCUCAUCGAGAGGCUGCGUAAAAAACCCCUCUCGCGGAGAUACGUACCCUUUUCGAGAUGAUGAUGAUGAUCCAUAUAAGGAAAGAGAUAGUAAGACUAAGGAAGAGAUUAAGAUAAGGAGAGAGCGAGAGAGAAGAAGAGAGAAUGUGAGAGAGUGAGAGAGAGAGUGAGAGAGAAAGACGGGUAAUAAAAGAUGUAGCGAUGAAGGAAGAUAGAGCGAUGAAGAGAUUGAGAGAGAGAGAGAGAGAGAGAGAGAGAGAGAGAGAGAGAGAGAGAGAGAGAGAGAGAGAGAGAGAGAGAGAGAGAGAGAGAGAGAGAACGUGGAGGGGAGUAGUGGCGGGCUCUUAUAGCGAUGUACAGAGAGAAGAAAUUACGGAAGAUAACGAAUAUUUCUUUCCAAAAUAAAUGAUAUUAAAUUGAACUGAACUAAAAAAAAAAAAAAAAAAACAAAAAAAAACAAAAAAAAAACAAAAAAAAACAAAAAUAAACCAAAAAAAGACAAAAAAAAACGUUUUUUUUCUUUUUUUUUAAAUAAAAAAAUGUGUAUACACGGAAAAAAACAUUAACCAAAAAUAUCAUUCAGCAGGAACCAAUAAGAGUACUUUUAACCCUGUCGUUUUCGGUACUGAUUUUUUUUUCUUUUUUUUACCCUCUCCUUAUUAUCAAAAUAUUACCUAUGAUUAUUCUUUUUUCUUGUCUUCUUCUUUUUUUUUUUUUUUUUUUCUUUCUUUCUUUCUUCGAUAUAUCAACGUUUUACGAUGGAUAUAUAAAUAAAUAAAUUUGUAUAAUCCUCUCUCUAUUUGCGUUUUGUUUUGUUCAAUGAUAAAAACGAUCAUUCGAUGAUUCUUCUUCGAGGUGAUCCAUUGAGAAAGACAGACAGACAGGAGAGUAUUAAAAAGAGAGAGAGAAUUAGAUGGUGCGUUUAAUUUCAAAAGAAAAAAAGAAAAAAAAAAAAAAAGGAAGGAUAAAAAAUCCCUUGUAAGCUUGUAAGCUGCUAAUAAUUCCGUGCUCGUAUAUCGAAUUUCUUUCUUUUUUUUUUUUUUUUCUUUUUUUCUUUUUUUUUCUUUUUCUUUUUCUUUUUUUUCACCCAAUAUCCGUUGAUACUAUCAAUUUCGAUGAUUUCACGUACAUCAGAAUUUUCUCUCUAGGCAUUGAUGAAACAACGACAAGAUUAAUAAAUAUAAUCUCGUCAGCGUUAACAGUCAUCUUUUGGUUUCCUUUUGGACGUUGCCAUUUUUAAAUGACCAGAGAUUGAAGAAAAUAAUGCAAGCUUAAGAAAGAAAGAAAGAAAGAAAGAUAAAAAGAUA